GGGAGAGAGAGAGAGAGAGAGAGAGAGAGAGAGAGAUUAGAGCAUCAGGGAGAGGGAGAGAGGGAGGCUGCAGAUAUCGAUGGCAUUAACAAUGGAAUAUUAGGAUCCACUGAGGUGAUAGUCAGCCAUACAACGGCUGAGGGUAAAGAUAUUUGAGGAGGGGGGCUCCUCCUCUCGGUGAGCACUGGGGGAGGAGGAGGAGGAUGGGCCUCGAACACAGACUUGCGAUGGCACUGCAAAAAUUGGAUUAAAGCAGUAUGCUGGACAAGAGUGAGGUGGCAACUCUAGGCCUACCCCCCAACACCAGCCAUGGAGGCUCUGACAGUAACAUCAGUGCAGAUGGAGUGGGGGCAGCGGCAGCAGCGGCAGCAGCAACAUCAGCGUCAGCGUCAGGGGUCACAGCAGGCAGUGCAGAGUUCGGGGCCGGCGAGCCGCAGCGGACCCGUGUUGCUCUGGAGCACUUGCAGCAGAAGGUCCUGAAGGUCACCGAGCAGAUCCGCGUGGAGCAGGAGGCCCGUGAUGACAAUGUCGCAGAGUACCUGAAGUUGGCCCACAACGCAGACAAACAGCAGGCAUCCCGCAUCAAGCAGGUGUUUGAGAAGAAGAACCAGAAGUCCGCACAGACUAUCGCACACUUGCACAAGAAACUAGAGCACUACCACAAAAAACUCAAGGAGAUAGAACAGAACGGACCAGCCCGCCAGCCUAAGGAUGUCCUGCGGGACAUGCAGCAGGGAUUAAAGGACGUCGGGGCCAACGUACGAGCUGGAAUAAGUGGUUUUGGAGGGGGAGUAGUUGAAGGAGUCAAAGGUGGAGUAUCUGCCCUGACUCACACAGCUGUGGUCUCCAAGCCCAGAGAGUUCGCCAGUCUCAUAAGGAACAAGUUUGGCAGCGCAGAUAACAUUGCUCACCUGAAGGACACACUCGAGGACGGAGUCGGGGGCCACUCCGAGGAUACCCCCACACCUCGUGCACUGAGUGGAAGUGCCACUCUGGUGUCCAGCCCAAAGUACGGCAGUGACGACGAGUGCUCGAGCGCCACGUCUGGCUCAGGAGCCGGCAGUAAUUCAUGUGGGGCGGGAGGGGGACUGUUAGGGCCAACCAUGGGGAGUCCAAGACUAGAUGGGCACCACCACCACCACCAUCACAUGCACAGCUCCUGGGACUCUCUACUCGAGAGCCUGCAGGAGAUUAAAGCCAGCCAGGCACAUAUGGAGGACGCCAUCGAGGACAUGAAGGGCCAGCUGCAGAGCGACUACUCCUACAUGACUCAGUGCUUGCAAGAGGAGAGAUACAGGUAUGAGCGACUUGAAGAACAGCUGAAUGACUUAACAGAGCUGCAUCAAAAUGAAAUGACAAACCUAAAACAGGAACUGGCCAGUAUGGAGGAAAAAGUUGCAUACCAGUCCUAUGAACGAGCAAGAGACAUUCAGGAGGCUGUGGAGUCCUGCCUGACCCGCAUAACGAAGCUGGAGCUGCAGCAGCAGCAGCAGCAGGUGGUCCAGUUGGAGGGAGUCGAGAACGCUAAUGCUCGAGCUCUGCUGGGCAAACUCAUCAACGUCAUCCUGGCACUCAUGGCGGUGCUUCUGGUCUUCGUCUCCACCCUGGCCAACUUCAUCACCCCUCUGAUGAAGACGCGGGCGCGGGUGGGAGCCACUGUCCUCCUGACCUUGCUGCUUUUCGUCCUGUGGAAGCAGUGGGACUUUUUGGAGCCUUGGCUGCUGCCCAGCUGAGCUCCCUGAGACUUCAGAGCAGAGAGGCUUCUUUCAACUCAGUCACCGUUUCAGGAUGCAGAGACUGAAAUAGAAUGAGGGCGACUGCAAUUAUUUCCUUUGAGUGUGGAGGUGGGGCAUCUGAGGACAAAACAUGGCACUUUUAGUUGAUCUAGCUGACAGAGAGUAUUCAGAGGUGUUUACAAUGAAGCACUGUUUGCCAAGCAGCAAAAGACAUUAUCUCAUCCAGCCAGUGAUGGGGACAAAUCAUCAAUUGGCAUUGUGGUCACCAAAAACUGAAUUUCUUGACAGAAGUCUUUGGACUGUCUUUUUCUAGUCAUUUAUGAUACAAAGAGUUAAGCAACUUCUAAUGACUUUACACUGCUGAUCAUUGUUGCUGUAACCUUCAUGUUGAAGCUUAAGUAUAAUUCAUAGGAAAAGUAUUUUUUUCAAGAAUGUUGUGUGCUGAUGCAUGUCCUCAUAUGUGCACUAAGAUGCAUCUAGCUGGCAUGAGUUGACUUUUCAUCAAUCUUCUAUAACUGCCAUUUUGUUGUCUGGAUGAUAGUGCAGAUAUGUUCUCAACAGAGUGUCAUUCCUUGGUUUGUCUCACAUCUUGUUCUGGUGCUUUUAGACGCAUUUCUUUUCUUUUUUUUGUCUGGUUCUUGAAGUUCAAUGAACUGCAUUAAAAAAGACUGCCUGGGAAACCUCCGCAUAAUAAUGAAUCAACACAAAAUCACGUCCAUAAAACUAUUUAAAACCACUUUUGUCAAACUAAGACUAUCCACAGUGUCAAACGAACAGGCAUGUCAAAUUGUAUUAAAGUUUAUAUCCAGUUUGCAAAAAAUAAAUAUAGCUGUUUUAUCAAACUAAAGGAAUAAAGGUUUUCAUAAAUGAUGCGGACCUUAUUAACUUUGCUGAGACUUUAUGAUGGCACCUUAUUGCACCUUUCAUAGAUGCUUUAAAGUUUUGACUUGUUGCUUAAGUUGAUGCUGUUAAUGUCAUUUUUGGUAUGCCGGUUCAUAAAAAGAGCCUUUGUACAUAAGAUCACUUAUUUAGACCACAAUCCAUUCAUCGAUUCAUUAAUGGAUAACCAACAUCUCUAACUUUAUUAUGACCAAACAGGAAGCUAAACAAAAGUCAGAGGGAUUUCUACCUGGCAACCCAAAAUGCUUUCUGUGUCUUCAUGCUGCUCUGUAAAGCAGUGAUAAAUAAUUGAUCUACCUCUAAUGAAGCCAAUUGAUACAUUCUAUACAUAUUUAAUGUAAUUCAUAAAUGCCUCUUUCUAUUUGGACAUGGGUACAAAAUGAAUAUUCGGUUAGGAAAUGUAAAAAAAUAGCUUUUCAUGAAGAAACUGAACUGAAAAUGAAAGUAUUUGAAGCAAUGAAGCUGCAUAUGACUAGAACCCUUUGAAUGUUGGUGUAUUGAAUGUUCUCAUUUUAAAGUAAAUAAUGCAACUUUGAGUAAACAGUCUUGCUAGACACCCUUGCUAGAAAUGUAGCAAAGAUGCUAAGCAAUUGCACAAUCUCAGAGAUAAAGGAAGUUAAUCCUUUUUUAUAAAACAUUUUCUAUACAUUCGCUAACAUAAUUCUCCAAAAGCUAUAGGACGUACUUCACAAAGUGAGGCUAUCUCUGCAAAACCUCUGCAUGCACUGAAAUAUAGCCUUGCUAAUCUUCUUUUUUUUUUGCGUUUGCAUACAGCUUAUCAUUUGUAAAAAUGAAGAAAUAUAUUAUCUAUUCCGCCAAAGGAGCGGUCUCAAUCAUUGUUUUUAGUUAGUAUCAGAAGUACAACCCCAUUUCCUAAAAAGUUUGGACAUUGCGUUAAAUGUUAAUAAAGCAAACUGUGAUGAUUUACAAAACAUUGAAAACCCAUAUUUAACUGAAGCAAGGGUAAAAACAAUAUAUCAAAUGUUGAAAAUGAGAAUAUGCCCAUUUUGAAUUUGAUGCCAGCAACACAAAAAGUUGAUAACGGUCGCAAUCUGUUGCAUCACUUUUUCUUUUGGAACUGAGGAGACCAUUUUCUGUAAAUUGAUUGUUUUACCAUUGUUGCUUAAUGUGGGAUUUCCUUCUUAUCUCACGCUUCAUAAAGAGACUCACUGAGAUACUCUUUUUUUAAACAUCAAUCUGUUCAUAACCUGUUGCUAGUUAGCCUUAUUAACUGUGUGAUGUUCAAUCAGGUUUUUUUGAGCACCCAGCAAACGUUCAGUCUUUACUUGCUACUGUCCCAACUUCCGUGAAACAUGUUGUCUGCAUCAAAUUCAGCCAAAUCAUAUCAUUAGGUAUUUCAUUUUCAUUGUUCAGCAUUUGACAUGUUGUCUUUGUGCUGUUUUCAAACAUAUGGGGUUACAAUGUUUUGUAAAUCAUCACAUUCUGUUUAAUUUACAUUUUACACAAAGUCUCAACUUUUAAAGAUUUGGGGUUGUACUUAAUAAAAUCUUGUAAACAAUGA